GUUGGCAACACUACAAAUUGCUCGAGCUUCGCGCCAAAACACCCAGAAAAUACCUUUGUGUGCUUCUGCCGCUUACGCCGGACACUCGUUUAACAUUUUAGGUCGGCAUAAUGGAAGGGUUUGACGAUCCUGGUGUGUUUUUCUCCGACAACUUUGCCGGCGAGGAUCAUCAAAGUGAUGUCAACACCACCUUUCUUGGAACGAAAAAGAAACUUAAAGACUUCCUGCGCCAGUUUCAUGAAGGCAACUUCAACUACAAAUACAGAGAUGCCCUCAAAAGACAGUACAACCUUGGCCAGUAUUAUUUGGAAGUCAACCUGGAGGACUUGGCCAGCUUUGAUGAAGCUCUGGCUGAUAAAAUGUACAAGCAACCUACCGAACAUCUCACUGUAUUUGAAGAAGCUGCAAAGGAGGUUGCCGACGAAGUCACUGCGCCGCGUCCAGAGGGGGAAGAGAAGGUGGAGGACAUCCAAAUCCUUAUCUCUUCUGAUGCAAACUGUUUAUCCCUUCGUGAUAUGAAGUCUGAUUUUGUGUCACGAUUGGUGAAGAUCCCUGGUAUUGUAGUAGCAGCAUCCGGUAUCAGAGCUAAAGCAACCACAAUUGCUAUCCAAUGCCGAUCAUGCCGGAAUGUAAUCCCUAACUUGACCGUCAGGCCUGGUUUGGAUGGCUAUGCCAUGCCCAGAAAGUGCAACACAGAGCAAGCUGGUCGUCCUAAAUGUCCCCUCGAUCCAUUUUUCAUCAUGCCAGACAAGUGCAACUGCGUCGAUUUCCAGACAUUGAAACUGCAGGAACUUCCUGAUUCCAUUCCUCAGGGAGAGAUGCCCCGCCAUCUGUCAAUGUAUUGUGACAGGUACCUUUGUGAUCGUGUUGUACCUGGUAAUCGAAUUACUGUACUUGGUAUCUACUCAAUCAAGAAAAUUGCCAGACAAGGAAGGAUGGAUGGCAGAGAAAAGGGAAUUGUGGGUGUGAGGGCUCCCUAUCUCAGAGUGGUUGGAAUUCAUGUAAACAGUGAUGAGGCAGGCCACAGCACUGGUGUUACUAUUUCUCCUGAGGAGGAAGAUCUGUUCCGCAGGCUUGCUGCAAGUCCCAACAUUUAUGAAAGAUUAGCCAAGAGUGUUGCCCCUAGCAUUUUUGGUUUUGCUGACAUCAAGAAGGCCCUUACUUGCCUUUUGUUCGGUGGUUCAAGGAAACGGUUGCCUGAUAAUCUCACAAGAAGAGGAGACAUCAACAUUCUGCUACUUGGAGACCCUGGUACUGCAAAGUCUCAGAUCCUUAAAUUUGCAGAGAGGGUGGCACCAAUUGCUGUCUACACAUCUGGCAAAGGUUCAUCUGCUGCUGGUCUUACUGCAUCUGUGACACGAGACCCAGUUUCCCGAAAUUUUGUAAUGGAGGGAGGUGCUAUGGUUUUAGCGGAUGGGGGUGUUGUCUGUAUUGAUGAGUUUGACAAAAUGAGGGAAGAUGACAGAGUAGCCAUCCAUGAAGCCAUGGAGCAACAGACCAUUUCAAUUGCAAAGGCAGGAAUCACAACUACCUUGAACUCCAGAUGUUCUGUGCUUGCUGCCGCUAAUUCCAUUUUUGGUCGUUGGGAUGAGACUAAAGGUGAAGAAAAUAUUGACUUCAUGCCCACCAUCUUGUCUCGUUUUGACAUGAUCUUCAUUGUCAAAGAUGAACAUAAUGAGAAUAGGGAUGUGACACUUGCAAAACACAUCAUGAAUGUACACAUGAAUGCAGGACAGUCCUUGCAAGAAGCAGCAACUGAAGGAGAAAUAUCUCUGCCAGUAUUCAAGAAGUUUAUUAACUAUUGUCGUCUUCGCUGUGGUCCACGCCUUUCUCCAGAAGCGGGUGAGAAACUUAAGAACCGCUAUGUUUUGAUGAGGAGUGGAACUCGGGAACAUGAAGUUGAGACUGAUAAAAGAAUGUCCAUCCCCAUCACAGUGAGGCAAUUGGAGGCAGUUGUGCGUAUCUCAGAAUCCCUUGCCAAAAUGAAGCUUCAACCUUUUGCUGGAGAAGAAGAAGUCAAUGAAGCACUUCGAUUAUUCCAAGUAUCAACACUUGAUGCUGCCAUGUCGGGGUCCCUUGCGGGUGCUGAAGGAUUCACUUCAGAAGAAGAUACAGAACAGCUGGCUCGUAUCGAGCGACAACUCAAGAGAAGAUUUGCUGUUGGCUCUCAAGUGUCUGAGCAGAAUAUUGUCCAGGACUUUUUGAAACAGAAAUAUCCUGAAAGAGCCAUUAUGAAAGUGAUUUACACAAUGAUCCGACGAGGAGAACUUCAGCACAGAAUGCAGAGGAAAAUGUUGUACAGAUUAAUUUAAAUCACUGCCUGUACCCGGUCCUUAUGUAUGUUUUAACUUUAUUUAAUGAUAUGUCUUUAAAAUUAAUUUACUGUCUUUGAAAUUAAUUUUCUUAAUGUGCCUUAUGCUACAGUUUUAAGAAAUAAAUUGUGCUUCUGAUUCUUUCAAAAUUA